UCCUAGAGAAGGAAAUUGUUGUUUUAGAGCAAUCUGCAUCAGAGAGACCAAAACAAGGCGACUAAAAUGAACGCAGCUACAUUUCUCAAAUUGACUGUUGUUUGGAUUUUAUGUUCUGAAUUGGUUGCUGUCAAUGUUUUGAAAUACAUAGACGGCAUCAGUGGUCAAAUAACAUCACCGGACUACCCUGGGAACUAUCCCAACAAUGCUAAUUAUACAUGGAUAAUAAGGACGGGGAGCCGCUCAGCAAAAGUUACUUUCAGAAUUAUUGAAAUGAAUAUCGAAAAAUGGGAAUGUGAUGAUUAUUUAGAGAUAGAAGAAAUAGAACCUUAUUUUCGCCUUUUUAAACGAUGUGGUCAUUUGGAAAAUUACAAUCUAACUGGUCGAGGAAAGAAAAUCAGAGUAUCAUUCAUAUCAGACGAGAGUGUGACAGAAAAAGGAUUCAGCCUCACAUGGAAAGUAACUCUACCACCAACAAAAGCCUUACCGACGCAGAAAAUGUUGGCAACAACAACAAAAUACAUGGUUAGAACAUCUAAGAAAAUGGAAGUCAAAACUACUGCAUUUCAGCAAACGACCACAACACCUUCAUCUCAGGUUACUAGUACAGUGCUGGCUAAGAUUGAAUCAACACUUACGUCAACGGGAUUAACUACAGCAGGCACAAUUAGUAGUACAGUGCAGGCGAUGUUUACGUCAGCACCUAGAACAACUGAAUACACUACAGAUGACUCAACUUCUUUAAUUCUGAUACCGGAAUCACCAUCAACUGUGACGAAAUCAGUCAGUAGUACAACGCAGGAUAAGAUUACAUCAACAUCUGGAACAACUGAAUCAACUACAGAUGACACAAGUACGUACAAAUAUACAUCUCCUACAGCAUCUUCAACACUGAAACCAGAGUUCCCAUCAACUAUGGAUAAUCAGGGUAGAAUAACCAGUCAAUCCAUUCCCACUAAACUACUAACAACUCUCUCUAUAAAGUAUUCAGAAACGAAGCGAACAACGCCCAAAACAGGAUCGCGACCGCUGACAUUGUCAUCGACGACGAGAUUAUCCAAUGUUGAGUUGACAACAUUAGUUUUUAAUGCAACAACAAACAAAGAAGACAAGAAUACAUUUGAUAUACAAAAAGUGUACCUUAUCAUCGGCUUAGUUGUUGUUGAUUUCCUUCUUUUGCUGGUUGUUUGUGUGUGCAUUUAUAGACGUUGUACUCAAACCAGAGCUCUUCAGAAAAACCUGUGUCAGCAAAAGAGAGAUGAAGGAGCACGGGAUGUUAUCAACAACGCAUAUUGCAUAUCAGUUCACGUUUAUGACGAUAUCCCAGUGGAUGCUGUGUGUGAAUUAGAAACUAGUCCCGAGGAGAACAACGAGGAGGUUGAGGAGCAAUCAACAUUGUACGAUAAAUGCUGGAGGAAUAAAUACGAUAAAACACAGUCAGCAAUGGACGAAUACAACAGAGAUACUGAGCACACCUAUGGUACCUGUGAGCGAUUCUAUUUCACUCUGGAGGCUACACACCCACGUUCAAUCACUCAGACGGCGACUCCCACAACUACGCAACGAGAUUCCACCAACGUUUACCACACAUUGAAUACUCAUUUUAUAAAUUCAAGCCAACCGAAGUAAAAUAUCAAUAUUACAAUCUAAAUGUAUGCAACCGUUUUAUCGUCUUGUUUGGAUGACAUUUUUGAAAUGGAUUCAACAUGUUUUUGCAUAACAUAAAAAAACUUAUAACUUUAUCGGUUGAGAUAGAUAUUUACUUAUAUUUUCGUACUGCAAAAUACCUAUUGUCAUCAAGCUUCUAAUGUUUUAUUCAUAAUGAGUGUAUGUGUACAUGUUUAUCUUGUUUUUUGCACGCAUCAUUUUCGAUAUAUAUAUAUAUAUAUCGUUUACUUUGGCACAGAAGAAGAUAGCCUUAUAGAGUUUGAGAGAAUGUACAAUAUCAGGAAAAAUAAGGCCCCAUAAUAAAAACGUGCUAAGACAAAAUGUUUGGAUUCAGUCUCAUAAGUCUAGACAUCAUUUGAGCGAUCAAUAACUCCUCUCCGUAUUACUUCACCUAAGGACCAACACAAGUGUAUCAUAUAUACGCCUAGUUUCCCAACUGAUGUUCGUUCAAUAGAGUGUUAUAGAGUAUAGUAAACACUAAUCCCUUAUUUCCAGCGUUAAUCAUUUCAACCAUCCGACUCAACUACAGUAAAAUUCAUUAUUUAGCUAGUGUAAACAAACAGGAUUACAUCCCUAGAAAAGAAAAUGAUGUAAAUAUGAAUAAUUCACUAUUAAUAUAUGUAUAUUCUUGUUACAUGUUUGUUGUUACAAAGAAAUGUUACAAUUUUAAAAAUGAAUUUACUAAUAUAAAUAAUGCUGCAAAAAAAUUAUAUUUUUUGUUUGAAAAAAUUGAUCACAAUUAUUAUUUUCGCUUUAAGCACUGUACAUAAAAAUGAUUAAUGAUUCGUUGCAAGUUGAUGACCCAUCAAAUUUUGGUGUUCCAAUAUCUUCAACAAACAAAAAAUAAUUGAAAAUGAAUCAGAACUUUCAUAAAUUAAAUACAUGUAAUGCUUAAACUAAAUAGCCGUAAAAUAAUUGAUUUUUUUCUUCCAAAAUAUAGUGAAAAUAUUUGGACCGACCAGUUUUAAAAUGGUCACAAUUCAAACACGAAAUAAUAAAUCAUUUGUGAAUAAAGUAAGUGAAGAGCUAGGAUGCAAAUAAAGUGGUGAAUCCAUCAAUCCAUCCGUCCAUCAAUCAAUCAAACAGAAA